GUCGAUCUUUCCAGAAGCAAGAAAAUACCAAUCAGAAACAGGCUAUGUCACCCAGGUAUUUAUGUAAUUGGCUUUAUUAAAAGUUGUAAAAAGUUUCAUGCGCAGAAGCUUGUGACACGACAAAUUGACCCUCGUGAGGUCAAACCAGACAGAGGAGAGCUCCUGCUGUCCAAUCACAAAGCUCCCCAAGCAUCUGGACGUCCGGGUCUUGGACCAAUCAGCGGGCGCAGUGCGGAGUCAGCGGGGACAGCGACCACAGAUAAAAUGUUUGACUUCCAUCCAUCCUCUCAAUCCAUCCUCCCAAUCCUCGCAGGACUGUUAGCAGCCUGCACUUUGAUUUAAACUCCCACCGCAGCACGCAUCUGUUACUGGAUAACGGUCAACUACUUACCUGAGGGAUUCACACUUCUUUUUCCUGUUGGGGCAACUUGUUACUCAAGGAAAAGGUGCACCGUGUCUGUAGCUGCAUAAAACCAACGGAGGGUGUUUUGUGGGAUUAAAAAGCGACACUGUUACCUGACAUCAAGUCAGGAGUCAUGACAGCGCUUGCAGGAGGUUUACCGAGAAUGAUGAGACCCAGCCCUCACCAGAACUACCCGCGGGGAGGAUACUCUCUCGAGGUCUCCACUCCGUUAGGACAGGGUCGGGUCAACCAGCUCGGCGGUGUCUUCAUAAACGGCAGACCUCUACCCAACCAUAUCCGCCAUAAAAUCGUGGAGAUGGCCCAUCACGGUGUCCGGCCGUGUGUCAUCUCUCGUCAGCUCCGGGUGUCCCACGGCUGCGUCUCCAAAAUCCUCUGCCGGUACCAGGAGACUGGCUCCAUCAGGCCGGGGGCCAUCGGAGGCAGCAAGCCAAAGCAAAGCGCGUCUCCAGAGGUGGACAAGAAGAUCGAAGAGUACAAGAGAGAAAACCCGGGCAUGUUCAGCUGGGAAAUCAGGGACAAAUUGCUGAAAGAUGGGAUCUGCGACAGGAACAACGUCCCCUCGGUGAGCGCCAUUAGUCGCGUCAUGCGGUCAAAAUUCGGCGGAAUUGGUGAGGAUGACGAAGACGACGAUGAAGGGGUGAAGAGGGAGAUGGAGGAAAACGAACCACGGACAAAACACAGCAUCGACGGCAUUCUGGGAGACAGAUCCAGUCACUCAGAUGAGGGCUCCGAUGUGGACUCAGAGCCAGGCCUACCUCUGAAGAGGAAGCAACGGCGCAGUCGGACCACCUUCACAGCAGAGCAGCUGGAAGAGCUGGAGAGGGCCUUCGAACGCACACACUACCCUGACAUCUACACACGAGAAGAACUGGCUCAGAGAGCCAAACUCACGGAGGCUCGAGUUCAGGUGUGGUUCAGCAACAGAAGAGCUCGAUGGAGGAAGCAAGCAGGAGCCAAUCAACUGAUGGCUUUUAACCACCUCAUCCCUGGCGGUUUUCCACCAUCAGCUAUGUCAGGCCUGCAGCCCUAUCAACUGUCAGACAGCCCCUACCCUCCUACUUCCAUAGCUCAAGCAUCAGAGCAGCCCAGUACAGUCCACCGACCGCAACCUCUGCCUCCCACCUCCGUGCACCAGAGUGGGCUCAGCUCAUCGGCAGGCUCCCAGGAUGGAGGCUCUGCAUACUGCCUGUCCUCUGGACGUCAUGGUUUUUCAGGAUACUCGGACAGUUUUGUGGCCCCGACAGGACACGCCAACACUGUCAACCCCGCCAUCAGCAACAGCCUCUCACCACAGGUCAUGGGCCUUUUGAACCCAGGUGGAGUACCACAUCAGUCUCAGAGUGACUUUGCCCUCUCCCCACUGACUGGAGGCCUGGAGCCUAAUGGUGGCAUGGCUGCUAGCUGUCAUGGCUCCCAGCGCCUGGAGGCUUUACCAGGCCUGACCAGUAUGCCUACCCUGCCUAGCACCCAGUCUUACUGCCCACCCUCCUACACCUCACCAGCCUACGCCAUGGACCACCAUCCAUCCUAUCAGUAUGGGCAAUACAGUCAAAGCAAGGUGCCUUUCAUUAUAUGAAGCCCCCAGCAUGGCCUGAGCAUGAGGCUUCCCCCGGCCAGUCUGACAUUCAUCGCCAGAGAACACCCCCAC